CCCAUUAGUUUUGCAGCCUCCGAGACAUGGUUUCGCCCGUGUCCGCGUCUGUUCUCCCUUGCGCCCUGCUUCUCCUUCUCCGCUCCGGUUUGGGGGUCUCUACCCCGCCCAAUGAGGAGGGGGAGGAUGUUGAGAGGACGGGGAGCCCUGCCGGACUGCGGGAGGAGUUUCCAACCGUGGUGUUCGCUAUUCUGGCUCGCAACUCCCAGCACUCUCUGCCCUAUUACCUGGGGGCCCUGGAGCGCAUGGAUUACCCCAAAGAGCGCAUCUCCAUCUGGUGCGCCACUGACCACAAUGUGGACAACACAACAGAAAUACUGCAUGAGUGGCUCACUGCAGUGGAAAGCCACUACCGGCACAUUGAGUGGAGACCCAUAGAUGAGCCCAGCUCUUAUCCUGACGAACAUGGGCCCAAACACUGGAGUGACACGCGCUUUGAGCACGUAAUGAGGCUCAAACAGGACGCUCUGAGCUUUGCCCGAUCUGAGCGGGCCGAUUACAUUUUGUUCACAGACACCGACAGCAUCUUGACAGAUAACCAGACUCUGAAGUUCCUCAUUGCACAAAACAAAUCUGUUGUUGCUCCCAUGCUGGACUCUCAGACCUAUUACUCCAACUUCUGGUGUGGGAUUACUCCUCAGGGUUACUACCGUAGGACAGCAGACUACUUUCCCACCAAGAACCGGCAGCGGGUCGGGUGCUUUGCAGUCUCCAUGGUCUACGCCGCCUUCUUGAUCGAUCUGCGGAAGGACGACACUGCUGACCUGGCUUUUCACCCGCCCCACCCCAGCUACACCUGGCCAUUUGAUGAUAUCAUUGUCUUUGCGUACUCCUGCCAAACUGCAGGAGCCCAGAUGUACUUGUGCAACCAGCAGCGGUUUGGAUAUAUCAAUGUCCCUGUGAAAUCUCACCAGACGCUGGAGGAUGAAAGCAUCAACUUCGUGCACCUGAUCUUGGAGGCAAUGGUGGAUGGUACCCCAAUGUUCCCCUCCAGCCAUGUCUACCUCCCACCGAAGCAUCCAACCAAAAUUGGGUUUGACGAGGUUUUCCUCAUCAACUUGGCAAGGCGCCCAGACCGCCGGCAGCGCAUGCUUAGUUCCCUCUUUGAGUUGGAGAUAGAGCCCUUGGUGAUUGACGCUGUCGAUGGAAGUGCCCUAAACAGCAGUGACAUCAAGAAACUGGGUGUGGACCUACUUCCAGGUUAUUUUGACCCGUUUUCAGGCAGGACACUCACCAAAGGGGAGGUGGGCUGCUUCCUGAGCCACCAUCAUGUGUGGAAUGAGAUUGUCAAACGGGGUCUGGAGAAGUCUGUGGUGCUGGAAGAUGACGUGCGGUUUGAGGCAUAUUUCAAGAAGCGAAUUUUGCGACUGGUGGAUGAACUGGAGCAAGCACAGCUGGAUUGGGACCUGAUUUACCUGGGCCGGAAGCAAGUGAACUCUGAGGAUGAGGAGCCGGUGGAGGACGUACGAAAUCUUGUGGUGCCCGGAUAUUCCUACUGGACUUUAGCUUACAUCAUCUCACGGCAAGGGGCUCAGAAACUGAUUGAUGCGCAGCCACUCUCCAAAAUCCUUCCUGUGGAUGAAUUCCUGCCCAUCAUGUAUGACAAGCACCCCAAUGUGAAUUACAAAAAGCAUUUCAGCAACCGGGACCUGCAAGCUUUCUCUGUGCGCCCCCUCCUCGCCUACCCAACCCACUACACCGGCGAUGCCAAGUGGAUGAGCGACACAGAGACCUCCACCAUCUGGGACGAUGACUCACGGAAGACAGGCUGGAGCGGCUCGCAGAAGACACUGAAAGACACCCAUGGCAGUGUAGGCACUUCAGGCCAUUCCUUCCGCCCGGCCUCUCGGGAUGAGCUAUAACAUCUGGCUGGUUUACCUGCUGCAGCCCAUGAGCGAGGAGACGAUGACAGAUAAAGGACUGGUUCCCCCACUCACCACCUUGUCUUAGGACACUGUUCGCUUGAGCUGUGUUGAACAGGGAAACAAAUGCACUGUGUGCAAAACUUUCAUCAAAGGCCAGUUUGUGCUCUGCCAAUGGCUCUGGAAUUUCCCUUUUUGGAUGAUGGUGGAGUUUUGGGGUGCUGCAAUAUUUGUGCUCUCCUAGCAGCAAAAGCUUCCUUCACUUAUACGACGGUUUGGAGCAGAUAUUGGCGCCAGCUGGGCGCCUUUGGCUGUUUUCCUUUUUCCACAUCACACACACACACAC